UCUCCCACCGGAGACCUCUCCUCGCCAAUGGAGCCGGCGGCUGCCCGCAGCGGCAGCAGGCUGUAAAGAGGCGGCACGGGGCGAGGAGGCAGCGGUCCCGGGAAAGGGCGGAGCGCCGGGGGGGGUCCUCCCGGCUCCGCAGCCGCUACAUUAUUAACUCGGCGCGGCGGAGACGGCGCCACAACUUUCCGGCUCUGCCCCGGGAGGCGGCGAACAGAGAGCAUCCCGCAGCCGGGCGGCGAUGCGGGCUGCCCCCAGCCCCGCUCAGCGGGGGGGCCGCCUCCUCUGAAAGGCGAACGGGCUUUCCCCCCACCCCCCCCCCCCACCCCUUCCCCGGCCAUGCGGCCCCUCGGCACUCCCCUCGCCCUGCUGCUGUGCCAGGUGCUGGGCUCAUGGGCCGCCUGCGCCCUGCUCCCCGCCGCGGGCUCUGGGCUGCAAGAAAAUCUUAAUCGCCCCCCAUCUCCGCCGGCCACGGAGCCCCCCGGUCCUGGAAGCCCGGCGGCCGCUGCUCUCCGAGGGCGCGGAGCCCCCCCGGCGGGGCCUGGGAGCACCUGCGGGGCUGCGGGGCCCGGGCGGAGGCGGGCGCGGAGCAGCGGGGCCGGCCUGGGGGCGACGGGGGGCCCCCGAUGGCUGCCCCUGAACGGCUCGGGCCGAGGAGGAGAGGGGGGCGCGGGGGGUCGAGGUAACGGCACCGGGCGCCGCGCCCGGCUCCGCAACCCCUUCUACCCGCUGACCGAGGAGUCGUACGGAGCCUACGCCGUGAUGUGCCUCUCCGUGGUGAUCUUCGGCAUCGGCAUCAUGGGCAACAUGGCAGUGAUGUGCAUCGUCUGCCACAACUACUACAUGCGGAGCAUCUCCAACUCCCUGCUGGCCAACCUGGCCUUCUGGGACUUCCUCAUCGUCUUCUUCUGCCUGCCGCUGGUCAUCUUCCAGGAGCUCACCAAGAAGUGGCUCCUAGAAGACUUCUCCUGCAAAAUCGUCCCAUACAUCGAGGUAGCCUCUCUUGGAGUCACCACCUUCACACUGUGUGCCCUCUGCAUUGAUCGGUUCCGUGCUGCCACCAACGUGCAGAUGUACUACGAGAUGAUUGAGAACUGCACCUCAACGACCGCCAAGCUGGCCGUCAUAUGGGUCGGGGCACUGUUGCUGGCACUGCCAGAGGUCGUGCUGCGCCAGCUGACGAAGGAGGACCCUGAAUACAGCGGCAGCCCACCCGGGGAACGGUGCGUGGUGAAGAUAUCCACUGCACUACCCGACACCAUUUACGUGUUAGCUCUUACAUAUGAUGGGGCAAGACUCUGGUGGUACUUUGGCUGCUAUUUUUGUUUGCCUACCCUUUUCACUAUUACCUGCUCCCUGGUAACAGCAAGGAAAAUCAGGAGGGCGGAAAAGGCUUGCACAAGAGGGAACAAGCGACAAAUUCAGCUAGAAAGUCAGAUGAACUGCACAGUGGUGGCUUUGACCAUUUUAUAUGGGUUUUGCAUCAUUCCUGAAAACAUCUGCAACAUUGUGACUGCCUACAUGUCCACAGGGGUCUCUCGGCAGACUAUGGAUCUCCUCCAUCUCAUUAGCCAGUUCCUUUUGUUCUUUAAGUCCUGUGUUACCCCAGUCCUCCUUUUCUGUCUCUGUAAACCUUUCAGCCGGGCCUUUAUGGAGUGUUGCUGUUGCUGCUGUGAUGAAUGCAUCCAGAAAUCUUCAACAGUAACAAGUGAUGAUAAUGACAAUGAGUACACUACAGAACUGGAGCUCUCCCCUUUCAGCACCAUCCGUCGUGAAAUGUCUACCUUUGCCUCUGUGGGGACUCACUGUUAAUUGACCUUAGGACUUUAUUUUUUUUUUCUUUUUUUUUUUUUUUUUCUUCAUAUUUUAUUUUUUAACUUCAUAUUUUCCUUCUGGAAGCAAAGUGUAAGAAAAAGAAUUGAUUAUUGCAAACUACUCAGAAUCCAAUCUGCAUAUUAACAGCCAUGCUUUGGAAAAUAAUUUCUGUUUGGUUAUUAAAAUGAAAGAAAAGGAGAGAAGGAGAGACAGUACUCAAUUUUAAAUCAUGAGAUUUUGUACGGUGCAAGGAUAUUAUUGCUUAAGGAGGAAGAUCCAUAUCAGUUCACUCUUAUUUAAUUCCAUGAUUUUUUAUUUUUAUUUUUUUUAUUAACUGUAAUGUGAUUAUAUAGACAUUGUGGGUUUUGCAGGAUGUUUAAUGUCAAAGAUGUGAUGGAAAGUAUUUGAAGGUAGUUUUAAUCCAAUUACUGUACACUAUUGUGAGAACUCUUGGACUUUGGAAAAUUUAUAAAGUAGCAUAAAAAUAAAUGAGGUUUUAUUCUUUAACUUCCUUGUCAAUCUGCAUUUAACAAGGAUCACUUCUAAGUAGUAUUAAAUUCCUUUAAUAAGUAAAAAAAUCUUUACUUUGCAUAAAAUAAUUUAAAUAGCCAUAUUCGUGUACUUACCCUUGGAGACUAUAAUAGGGUGUUUAAGGAAGAUGGUAAUAAUGACAUUAGAUUUACAUGAGUGGAUUUUAAAUGUAUAUUAUGAAGAUCCAAUGUGCCUCAUUGAAACUUUCCUUCUUGACCUACAGGUAUACAAAACUGAGUUAUUUUGUACUUCUUAAAAAGAAAGAUUUGCUUUCUCACUAAAAUUUGUCUUGCGUGGUUUCAAAAUCAAGUUUCUUUCCAAUUUGUUAAUGGUUUUACAUUGGGGUUAUGUCCUCAGUCUCUGUGUAUAUAACUUCUGCUGGCUUUGGUGGGAGUCCUGUUGCUGCAGAGGAAGGCUUUCUUUCACCAGAAGUUUGCCAACAAUAAACGUGAGGGACUGCAAAA